UUUUCGUAGAUCGCGAACAUGAGAAACACUAGAAAAGAUGAACAAGAUACUGCAAGACGUACGAGAGAUUAUGCUGACUUUGAUAAGAGUUUACUUUGGUGGCUCCUACUGCUGUCUGGCUGUUCGUCGCAAAUUCACGCUCGAUUAUAUGCGAUCAAUACGGACUGCCCAGAGAAAGAUGAAGAUAUUUAUGGGGCUGUGUUUUUGCACAACGUCAUUCGACAAAUUGUCUCCCGACAAGGAUUUGCAUGGACCGAACCGGGAGGGGAGAGAAACGAGCAAGAGACUGUUAAAUAUAACAAAGUAGGAUCAGGCAGUGUUUUCAGAUUGUGCUACGAUUCGCAAAAUGCAAAUUUAGCAGCUGCAGCUAUUAACGAAGAUGACUGUAAAGUCAAUGAAGAACUAGGGAACGUUUGGCACAAGGCCAUCAAUUCAAUGACGUUACGAGUGAUAAAUACAGAAGAAGGAGGACUGAAGUACGGAUAUCAUGACGCAAUUGAGAAAUGGCUUGACACAGCUGAUUUACCACUUAGCGAUGCUACUUUCAAAUUAAAAAGUGCACAACCUUUUGCAAAUAUGGUCUACUACAAAAACCUAAAAAUGGGGUGUGCGCACAAAAUAUGUAAAAAUUCUGAAAAUAAGAUUGCCAUUGCUUGUGUGUACGGCGAAAUACCGCAACUCAACGAACCUCUAUAUAUUGGAGAUAGCACAACGAAAGGUUGUACCGAUCACAAAACCUGCAAGGCCGUAGUGCGGAAGUCUCAGUGUGACACUGAGGAGGGAAGCCCUACAUUUGGACUUUGCCUUGCAGUGGAGGAUUCAGUAGAAACCACCACUGCUGCAACUAGCUUCACAACUAAACCUUUAAGCACUUCAACAGCAACUCGACCAGCGUCCAGCUCAACCACAGAAUGUCCGGAAAAAAAUGACGAUACUUACGGCGCUGUGAGACUGCACAAUGACAUACGACAAGGUGUUGCGCGACGAAGCUUUGCAUAUCCCGAAAUGGAAGGAAAGGGAGAAGAGGAAGGGGAGACUGCUGAAUAUAACAAAAUAGGAUCAAGAUCUAUGUUUAGAUUGUGUUACGAUUCGGGAAAUGCAAACCUUGCAGCUAUAGCUAUCAACGAAGAUGACUGCAAAGUCAAUAAAGAAAUAGGGAACGUCUGGCACAAGGCCAUCAAUUCCAUGACGUUACGAGUGAUAAAUACAGAAGAAGAAGGAUUAAAGCACGGAUAUCAGGACGCCAUUGGGGAAUGGCGUGAUACAGCUGAUUUACCACGCGAUGCUAUUUACAGAUUAGAAAGUGCAAAACCUUUCGCAAAUAUGGUCUACUACAAAAACCUAAAAGUGGGAUGUGCGCACAAAAUAUGUAAAAAUUCUGAAAAUAAGAUUGCCAUUGCUUGUGUGUACGGCGAAAUACCGCAACUCAACGAACCUCUAUAUAUUGGAGAUAGCACAACGAAAGGUUGUACUGAUCACAGAACCUGCAAGGCCGUAGUGCCGAAGUCUCAGUGUGACACCGAGGAGGGAAGCCCUACACUUGGACUUUGCCUCACAGUGGAGGAUUUAGCAAAAACCACCACUGCUGCAACUAGCCUCACAACUAAGCCUUCAAGCACUUCAGCAACAACUCGACCAGCGUCCAGUUCAACAACAGAAUGUCCAGAAAAAGAUGACGAUACUUAUGGCGCUGUGAGACUGCACAAUGACAUACGACAGGGUGUCGCGCGACGAAGCUUUGCAUAUCCCGAACCGGAAGGGAAGGGAGGAGAGGAAGGAAUUCAACAAUGCUACGAUUCGCAAAAUGCAAAUUUAGCAGCUGCAGCUAUUAACGAAGAUGACUGUAAAGUCAAUGAAGAACUAGGGAACGUUUGGCACAAGGCCAUCAAUUCAAUGACGUUACGAGUGAUAAAUACAGAAGAAGGAGGACUGAAGUACGGAUAUCAUGACGCAAUUGAGAAAUGGCUUGACACAGCUGAUUUACCACUUAGCGAUGCUACUUUCAAAUUAAAAAGUGCACAACCUUUUGCAAAUAUGGUCUACUACAAAAACCUAAAAAUGGGGUGUGCGCACAAAAUAUGUAAAAAUUCUGAAAAUAAGAUUGCCAUUGCUUGUGUGUACGGCGAAAUACCGCAACUCAACGAACCUCUAUAUAUUGGAGAUAGCACAACGAAAGGUUGUACCGAUCACAAAACCUGCAAGGCCGUAGUGCGGAAGUCUCAGUGUGACACUGAGGAGGGAAGCCCUACAUUUGGACUUUGCCUUGCAGUGGAGGAUUCAGUAGAAACCACCACUGCUGCAACUAGCUUCACAACUAAACCUUUAAGCACUUCAACAGCAACUCGACCAGCGUCCAGCUCAACCACAGAAUGUCCGGAAAAAAAUGACGAUACUUACGGCGCUGUGAGACUGCACAAUGACAUACGACAAGGUGUUGCGCGACGAAGCUUUGCAUAUCCCGAAAUGGAAGGAAAGGGAGAAGAGGAAGGGGAGACUGCUGAAUAUAACAAAAUAGGAUCAAGAUCUAUGUUUAGAUUGUGUUACGAUUCGGGAAAUGCAAACCUUGCAGCUAUAGCUAUCAACGAAGAUGACUGCAAAGUCAAUAAAGAAAUAGGGAACGUCUGGCACAAGGCCAUCAAUUCCAUGACGUUACGAGUGAUAAAUACAGAAGAAGAAGGAUUAAAGCACGGAUAUCAGGACGCCAUUGGGGAAUGGCGUGAUACAGCUGAUUUACCACGCGAUGCUAUUUACAGAUUAGAAAGUGCAAAACCUUUCGCAAAUAUGGUCUACUACAAAAACCUAAAAGUGGGAUGUGCGCACAAAAUAUGUAAAAAUUCUGAAAAUAAGAUUGCCAUUGCUUGUGUGUACGGCGAAAUACCGCAACUCAACGAACCUCUAUAUAUUGGAGAUAGCACAACGAAAGGUUGUACUGAUCACAGAACCUGCAAGGCCGUAGUGCCGAAGUCUCAGUGUGACACCGAGGAGGGAAGCCCUACACUUGGACUUUGCCUCACAGUGGAGGAUUUAGCAAAAACCACCACUGCUGCAACUAGCCUCACAACUAAGCCUUCAAGCACUUCAGCAACAACUCGACCAGCGUCCAGUUCAACAACAGAAUGUCCAGAAAAAGAUGACGAUACUUAUGGCGCUGUGAGACUGCACAAUGACAUACGACAGGGUGUCGCGCGACGAAGCUUUGCAUAUCCCGAACCGGAAGGGAAGGGAGGAGAGGAAGGAAUUCAACAAUGCUACGAUUCGCAAAAUGCAAAUUUAGCAGCUGCAGCUAUUAACGAAGAUGACUGUAAAGUCAAUGAAGAACUAGGGAACGUUUGGCACAAGGCCAUCAAUUCAAUGACGUUACGAGUGAUAAAUACAGAAGAAGGAGGACUGAAGUACGGAUAUCAUGACGCAAUUGAGAAAUGGCUUGACACAGCUGAUUUACCACUUAGCGAUGCUACUUUCAAAUUAAAAAGUGCACAACCUUUUGCAAAUAUGGUCUACUACAAAAACCUAAAAAUGGGGUGUGCGCACAAAAUAUGUAAAAAUUCUGAAAAUAAGAUUGCCAUUGCUUGUGUGUACGGCGAAAUACCGCAACUCAACGAACCUCUAUAUAUUGGAGAUAGCACAACGAAAGGUUGUACCGAUCACAAAACCUGCAAGGCCGUAGUGCGGAAGUCUCAGUGUGACACUGAGGAGGGAAGCCCUACAUUUGGACUUUGCCUUGCAGUGGAGGAUUCAGUAGAAACCACCACUGCUGCAACUAGCUUCACAACUAAACCUUUAAGCACUUCAACAGCAACUCGACCAGCGUCCAGCUCAACCACAGAAUGUCCGGAAAAAAAUGACGAUACUUACGGCGCUGUGAGACUGCACAAUGACAUACGACAAGGUGUUGCGCGACGAAGCUUUGCAUAUCCCGAAAUGGAAGGAAAGGGAGAAGAGGAAGGGGAGACUGCUGAAUAUAACAAAAUAGGAUCAAGAUCUAUGUUUAGAUUGUGUUACGAUUCGGGAAAUGCAAACCUUGCAGCUAUAGCUAUCAACGAAGAUGACUGCAAAGUCAAUAAAGAAAUAGGGAACGUCUGGCACAAGGCCAUCAAUUCCAUGACGUUACGAGUGAUAAAUACAGAAGAAGAAGGAUUAAAGCACGGAUAUCAGGACGCCAUUGGGGAAUGGCGUGAUACAGCUGAUUUACCACGCGAUGCUAUUUACAGAUUAGAAAGUGCAAAACCUUUCGCAAAUAUGGUCUACUACAAAAACCUAAAAGUGGGAUGUGCGCACAAAAUAUGUAAAAAUUCUGAAAAUAAGAUUGCCAUUGCUUGUGUGUACGGCGAAAUACCGCAACUCAACGAACCUCUAUAUAUUGGAGAUAGCACAACGAAAGGUUGUACUGAUCACAGAACCUGCAAGGCCGUAGUGCCGAAGUCUCAGUGUGACACCGAGGAGGGAAGCCCUACACUUGGACUUUGCCUCACAGUGGAGGAUUUAGCAAAAACCACCACUGCUGCAACUAGCCUCACAACUAAGCCUUCAAGCACUUCAGCAACAACUCGACCAGCGUCCAGUUCAACAACAGAAUGUCCAGAAAAAGAUGACGAUACUUAUGGCGCUGUGAGACUGCACAAUGACAUACGACAGGGUGUCGCGCGACGAAGCUUUGCAUAUCCCGAACCGGAAGGGAAGGGAGGAGAGGAAGGGGAGACUGUUGAAUAUAACAAAAUAGGAUCAAGAUCUGUCUUCAGAUUGUGUUACGAUUCGGAAAAUGCAAAUCUAGCAGCUGUAGCUAUUAACGAAGAUGAUUGCAAAGUCAAUGAAGAAAUAGGGAACGUCUGGCACAAGGCCAUCAAUUCAAUAACGUUACGAGUGAUAAAUACAAAAGAAGAAGGACUGAAGUACGGAUAUCACGACGCGAUUGAGAAAUGGCUUGACACAGCUGAUUUACCACUUAGCGAUGCGAUUUACAGAUUAGAAAGUGCAAAACCUUUCGCAAAUAUGGUCUACUACAAAAACCUAAAAGUGGGGUGUGCGCACAAAAUAUGUAAAAAUUCUGAAAAUAAGAUUGCCAUUGCUUGUGUGUACGGCGAAAUACCGCAACUCAACGAACUUCUAUAUAUUGAAGAUAGUACAACGAAAGGGUGUAUUGAUCACAAAAACUGCAAGGCAGUACUGCCGAAGUCUCAGUGUGACACCGAGGAGGGAAGCCCUACACUUGGACUUUGCCUCACAGUGGAGGAUUUAGCAGGCACCACCACCGCUGCAACUACUUCAACAGGAACUCGACCAGCGUCCGGCUCAACAACAGAAUGUCCAGAAAAAGAUGACGAUACUUAUGGCGCUGUGAGACUGCACAAUGACAUACGACAAGGUGUCGCGCGACGAAGCUUUGCAUAUCCUGAAACGGAAGGAAAGGGAGAAGAGGAAGGGGAGACUGUUGAAUAUAACAAAAUAGGAUCAAGAUCUAUGUUUAGAUUGUGCUACGAUUCGGAAAAUGCAAAUCUAGCAGCUGUAGCUAUUAACGAAGAUGAUUGCAAAGUCAAUGAAGAAAUAGAGAACGUCUGGCACAAGGCCAUCAAUUCAAUAACGUUACGAGUGAUAAAUACAAAAGAAGAAGGACUGAAGUACGGAUAUCACGACGCAAUUGAGAAAUGGCUUGACACAGCUGAUUUACCACUUAGCGAUGCUAUUUACAGAUUAGAAAGUGCAAAACCUUUCGCAAAUAUGGUCUACUACAAAAACCUAAAAGUGGGGUGUGCGCACAAAAUAUGUAAAAAUUCUGAAAAUAAGAUUGCCAUUGCUUGUGUGUACGGCGAAAUACCGCAUUUCAACGAACCUCUAUAUAUUGAAGAUAGCACAAUGAAAGGUUGUACUGAUCACAGAACCUGCAAGGCCGUAGUGCCGAAGUCUCAGUGUGACACCGAGGAGGGAAGCCCUACACUUGGACUUUGUCUCACAGCGGAGGAUUCUGUAGCAAGAACUUCAACAACAACUCGACCAUCGUCUAGCCCAACAACUGAACCACCAAGCACUUCCACAAGAACUGGACCAGCGUCCAGCCCAACAACUGAACCACCAAGCCCUUCAACAACAACUCGACCAGCGUCCAGCUCAACAACAGAAUGUCCAGAGAAAGAUAACGAUACUUAUGGCGCUGUGAGACUGCACAAUGACAUACGACAGGGAGUCGCGCGACGAAGCUUUGCAUAUCCCGAACCGGAAGAGAAGGGAGGAGAGGAAGGGGAGACUGUUGAAUAUAACAAAAUAGGAUCAAGAUCUAUGUUUAGAUUGUGCUACGAUUCGGGAAAUGCAAAUCUUGCAGCUGUAGCUAUCAACGAAGAUGACUGCAAAGUCAAUGAAGGACUAGGUCACCUCUGGAACAAGGCCAUCAAUUCAAUGACGUUACGAGUGAUAGAUACAGAAGAAGAAGGACUAAAGCACGGAUAUCAGGACGCCAUCGGGGAAUGGCGUGAUACAGCUGGUCUACCACUAAGCGAUGCUAAAUACGAAAAUGAAAGUGCAAAACCUUUUGCAAAUAUGGUCUACUACAAAAAUCUGAAAGUGGGGUGUGCGCACAAAAUUUGUAAAAAUUCUGAAAAUAAGAUUGCCAUUGCUUGUGUGUACGGCGAAAUACCGCAUUUCAACGAACCUCUAUAUAUUGAAGAGAGUACAACGAAAGGAUGUACUGAUCACAAAACCUGUAAGGCAGUACUGCCGAAGUCUGAGUGUGACACCGUGGAGUUAAGCCCUACACUUGGACUUUGUCUAGCGGAGGGUUCUGUAGCUACAACUACAACAACUGAACCAGCAAGAACUUCAACAACAACUCGACCGGCGUCUAGCCCAACAACUGAACCACCAAGCACUUCAACAACAACUCGACCAUCGCCUAGCCCAACAACUGAACCACCAACCACUUCAACAACAACUCGACCAUCGACUAGCCCAACAACUGAACCACCAACCACUUCAACAACAACUCAACCACCGUCUAGCUCAAGCACAUCGAUGCCGACUACUUCAUCUUCCCCAUCGACGUCAACCACAACCAAAGGUUGGAGUGGAUGUAUGACGGAUUACACUAGAAACCAAGUGGUCAGCACGAUCAACGAGUAUCGAUCUUCGUUAGCAAAAGGCCAAGUGCAAAAUGGGCCAGUUUCAAAACGAAAAGGAAAGUGUCCUCCAGCCAGGAAUAUGUAUAAGAUGAGAUAUGAUCAGGAACUGGAAAAUGAAGCACAAAAGUAUGCUAGCACCUGCCCAGCAAAACCAGGAUCAGCUCUAAACACGCGUGCAUUUCGCGGUGAAAGCAUUGCAGUGAUCAAGGAUACGACUAUAUCCUGUGAAAACGUGCUAGCUAAUGCUUUGCACGACUGGUGGAAUGAAAUUACAAAACUUGCUAUAAAUGAUGCAUUCAAGUACACUCAAGUUUUAGAACAUUCUCGAGACGCUCCCACAAAUUUUACUCAGAUGGCUUGGGCUAUUUCGUAUAAGGUCGGCUGUGGUGUAGGUCAGUGUCCUUAUGGCAAUCUAGUUGUUUGCCGCUAUUAUGUGAGAGGAAAUAUCUACUCAAGAUAUAUCUACCGCAUAGGCCCCACUUGUACAUGGUGCAAGAGAGGAUGUGAUAAUGGGCUUUGCAUAGCUCCCAAUUGAACGAUAGGAAGCAGCAUUCACUUUCAUACAGUGAAUAACAUCUGUAGCUUUGAGUAAAGCACUGCAUAUUUG